AUGUGGAAUUCCGGUGCCGGGCAGCCAGGGCCAAAUCCAUAUCCCCCUAAUGUCGGGUACCCUGGAGGUUCCAAUCCUGUCCAUCCACCGUCUGUCAAUCCUGCCUUUCCUCCGCCCCCCUUUCCUCCUCCCUCUGGCCCCUUUCACACUCCCCCAGGAGCUCCCCAGGGGAAUCCAGCUUACCCCCCAGGUGGGACUCCUUAUCCUGGGCCACUACCAGCGUAUCCAGGAUACCAACCAGCAGGUCCCUAUCCCCCUCCAUAUCCACCACCUGCCCCUGGCAUGCCUCCUAUUAAUCCCUUGGCUCCUGGCAUGAUAGCACCAGGAAUGGUGAGUGAUAAGAAGAUGCGGAAGAAAAUGAAGAAAGCUCAAAAAAAGGCGCAUAAGCACCAUAAGCAUGGCAAGCACUCCUCCUCCUCUUCCAGCAGUGACUCUGACUGA